UAAUAACCCCCUAAUCAUAUAGCCCCACUAUCUCAGACUUCCCAUGAACACCCGAACUCCUCAUUAAAAGAAAAGUAAAGAAACCAAAAUAAGAGAGAGAGAAAGCAAAAAUAAAGUAAAGAAACCGAUUCCGCUUCCUUUGCAAUGCUAUUUCAAAGGGGAAGAUAACGUCGCAUCCCACCAACCUCCAUUGCUUCAUCUUAAAGACUCCCGUUAUCCAAUUAUUGACAUCCAUGUCGCACUAGUACUCAAUUACAGUGAUUAAGGCUUAAACAACGCUAGAUAAAUUAGAGAGAGAGGUAAAGAUGGAUUUGAGCUUUAGAAGAGGAGAAGCUAAUAGCAGUGUUGUUGUUGCAGGGUCAGUGUGGGAAACUAGAAUGAAGAAUGAUGGAGUUAAAGGUGGAAUUAAGGUUUUCAAUGGUGUAGAAAACGGCAACAUUACUCAAGAAAAUGGCAAUGCUGGUGGUACUGGUAGUAAAAGAUUGAGCUUGAAGAAAGGCCAAACCGUUGGCGGCGGUGUGGGCAAGAGGAAGACUUGGAAAAAUGAAAGCUUUGAAGGGUUAGAGAAGAACCCAAAUCAGGUUGCCAAAGGCAACAAAACCCAAAAUCAGGUUGCUGAAGGGAGAUCUCUGGAGCAUUGCAAAUACUUGAGCUUGUCUGUUGAUGGGAUUAAUAAGAAAAAUCCUGUUCAGGUCAAGAAAGGAAGAUCUGAAGGGACGAGGGAGCUAAGUAAGUCUGUUGAUGGAAUUGAGAGAAGCCCAAUUCAUAUGAAGAAGCCAAGAUCUGAAGUCCCCAAAAAGUCUGCUGAGCUGAGCAAAGAUGGAAAUGAAGCUGGUGAGAGAAUAGAGGGGAAUUCAGUUCAAUUAAGGAAGGCAGAAUCAGAUCAGUCCGCAAGUAAAGGGAAGAUAAAUGAAGGGAAUGGAAAAGUUUUGGUUUUGGAUGACCAAAAGGGGGGAAAUAAUGUUUCCAUCGAAGAAAAUGAGAAGAAUGGAUCUGAGUCUGAGGAGAAUUGUAAAGAGUUUGGUGUGUGCCAAGAAAAUGUCAUUACAAGCGGUACAAGCAAUGGGGAGUUAGUAGGAUCAUCGUCUCCAGAUGUAUCAGUUGAUGAUGAUGAUGGUGUUGAAGAUGAUGAAGAAUCUUCUGCAGAAGAAGAAGAGGAGGAAAUUGAGGUUGUUGGGAAUGAAAAGAAGAGUUUUGAUGACAUCAAGGAAAUGAAUGUACAAGAGAAGAAGCCUGACAAAGUGGCUGAUGAGGCGAAGAAAUUACCAGAAACAAAACCUGAAAAAGCUGUAAAUGAAGUGAAGAAAAUUAGUCAAUUCCAUAAAAGAACUGCACCAUUUUCUUCAGUAGUGAAUAAACAGUCUACACCAGUUGUAAAACGUGCCACACCACUUUACACAACUCCUACAAAAGUUGCAAAAUCCACUCCUUCCUCAGAUGACUAUCAUUACCAAAGCUUCCCGCAAACUCAGAACAAAUUGCAGAAUCUAGUUGAUUUAGUAAUGUGGAGAGAUGUAUCGAAAUCAACAUUGGUGUUUGGGAUGGGAACAUUUAUCAUUAUCUCCUCUUCUUACACCCAAGACCUCCACAUCAGCUGUAUUUCUGCAAUUUCCUAUAUGUGUCUUGUUUACCUAGCUGUCAUAUUCUUUUACAGAUCAGUAAUCUGCAGGGGAAUUGUGGAUACAGAUGAAUCAAGCUAUGUGGUUGGAGAAGAAGAAGUCUAUGGGGUACUUAAAUUGGUCCUUCCUUACUUGAAUGAGUUCCUAAUAAAGCUGAGAGCACUCUUUUCUGGUGAUCCUGCAACAACCAUGAAGUUGGCAGUGCUUCUGUUUGUUUUGGCCAGGUGUGGCAGCUCUAUAACCAUCUGGAAAAUGACCAAACUGGGUUUUUUUGGCGUUUUCACGGCUCCAAAAGUCUGCUCUUCUUAUUCCCAGCAAUUAACUGCCUACGGGAAAUUUUGGAUUAGAAGGUUUCGAGAUGCGUGGGAGUCGUGCACACACAAGAAAGCCGUGGCGAUGGCCAUCUUCACUCUGGUUUGGAACCUAUGUUCCGUCGUGGCUCGAAUUUGGGCAGCGUUCAUGCUGUUUGUGGCCCUGCGAUAUUAUCAGCAAAAAAUUGUGGCAGAUGAUUGGGUGGAGGAUGAGGAUGGGCCUAGUUGCCAUGGGAACACAAAGACAUGGGCUUGCUCCUUCUAGAAUUGAUGUAGUCAAGGGAGCCUAAGAUUGUUUGUCGGCCCAUACUUACGUAGGUGUCCGUUCUUUUAUUUUUACUUCAUAUUCAAGAUAUCGUUUGUCAGUAGUACAUAUAUUGGGUUGUAGAUAAACAUGUUUGGUUUAUGCGACUUUACUAGCUAACAAGGCCAGCCUGAAAAUAA